CACUCCACCACUCCAUCCUUAAAACUGCUGCAGGUCCUCCUCUUGACUAUUUGAAAGCCGGUUCCCUGUGACACAGUUUACAGCAGCAGCAGCAGUGUUAUCAUCCGAUAUGAGGCUGGGACUCGCCACCCUCGUGUGUUUCUUCAGCUCGGUGUGGCUGACGGAGUGCGCGCCGCCGACCUGCUACUCCCGAGCGCUCGGCCUCGGCAAAGAAGUCAUGACUCUGCUGGAUAAGAUUCACACGUACCAUCGCACGAAAACGUGUGCUGAGAUUCUACCCACGAUCUUCAUUGAUGUGCACAACUCAUGCGUCACAACCAAGCUUCGUGAUUUUCUCUACGUGGUGCUGAACCAUCCAAACCCAUACUGCAGAGAGCGUCCCAGGAUAGUUCUGCUGAAACGUAAAAUCCAGAGCUUGUACAACAUCAUCACCAGAAUCUGUUGGCGGGACUUGGUGUUUCUCACAGGUGACUGUGAGGGUAUUGACACUGGACACAGUCGCCCUUACUAUGCAGAGGACCGGCUGCAGCUACUGCAGGAGGAGAGAUGAGCAGUAUGUUACAUUCCUAAAAACACCUCGGCAAUAUAAUAACACAUGUGCAAUACACACCGCAGCCCGCAUGCGUCAUUAACAAUACAUUCCGUGCUGUUUCACGCCGUACCUAGUUGGCUCGUAGCUGCAGACCCAUGUUAGUGGACAUGUGUGGCUGCAUUCCAGCAAGGAGUGCAGGACUUUCCACAGGAAAUUUGCUGAAUGCCAACCAUGCCGAUGAAAACCUUGAAAUAAUAAACCAAUAAGAGUUGCUUUUGAGCCAGGGCUUUACAGCUGCUUACUUACCGAGGCUGAUCAAAGGUUCAUGUGUCAUUAAGAAAAAAAUGCUGUGUUGCCAUAACCCUUGGUCUCACCAACCUGUCUUAGAGGAGCAUUGUACAGCAUUUUGUAAACAUUUGCUGAUUUGAACAUGGUGGUUGAGAAUGUGACAUAUAAAUAGAUGUCAUAAGCAUGGCUUUGGCACACUAAGAAGCACAUAUAGAAACUUUUUUAUUUUUUUUAUACCAAAGAAGUAACUACAGUGCUGCUGUUUGUACUUAAACUGAAGAAAAUGUACUUGGAUUUAAGCAGAAUGGGUAGAACAUAUAGAGCCCCCACUGUCAUGGAAAUAUUAGAAACAUGUCUGUUUUUAUUUACACAAUAUAUGUGUUUCUCAUUUUGUAAUAAAACCUCUCUUUAAUCUAA